GUUCUUACUCUGCUGGAUUGCCACCCCGCUAGUCAUCCUGUUUGGGUAACGAGAAAGAAACAAAAUACUCGACGCAAAGAAAGUGGCGAGAGAGAAAAAAAGGGGAUGGCCUGAUCAAAUAGCAUUGCGACACAGUCCUCUAACGAUCACAAGUUUCGCAAGACGAGAAGAUGGCGAGAUGUACGAUUGCUGUUCAGAAUGAAUUCGGACCGAGCGUUGAUAGUAGCUGUUAUGAUGGAUUUGACUUCACGCUGCUCUUCGAAGAGGCCUUCUUCUCCAUUGCGCCUUCGGUUGGAUUCCUUUUGCUGUUGAUCCCGCGCAUGGUUUAUUUGCAUAUCGAGAGGACAAAAGUUCGCGCGGGUUGGCUUUACAUUAUCAAAUUGUUUUUCCAUGCCGUUUACAGCCUUUUUCAACUCCUGUUGUUGGCAUUAUGGGCGCGUCCACAAACACCGCGAACAGACCUCACCUUGGCAGCGACAAGUCUAUCCUUUGUCGUAUCAGUUAUAUUCGCAUACCAAUCGCAGCUUGAACAUUUUAGAUCCGUUCGACCUUCUAAACUCCUUAGCCUUUAUUUCUUUUUCUCCACACUAUUCGACAUCGUGCGCGUGAGAACGAUAUGGGCCAUAGAUGGCCUUCACACUGAAGCCACAUUGUUUAUUGUUUCCAUGCUUUUGAAAGUCGUACUUUUUUCUUUCGAGAUAUACGAAAAGCGAGGUUUUAUCAAGUAUCAAUAUAUAGACGGGUCGCCAGAAACCUGGGCUGGUGUAUUCAACCGAAGUUUGUUCUGGUGGCUAAACCCACUUCUCUAUUCCGGAGCCAAAAAAAUCUUGAUGAUGGAAGAUUUAUUUCCAGUUGAAAAAGCUAUGGUACCAAGCCCGGAGGUGAAACACAAGCUUGCAAUUUUGUGGGAUCAAUGUGAGAAUAAAGAAAAGUCACAUUCUCUUGUGAUUCCUUUGAUGAAGACAUUCAAAUGGGAGCUUCUUGCAGGAGUUAUUCCUCGUCUAUCGCAAACCGGAUUUACUAUGGCUCAACCAUAUCUUAUCCGAAGCGCCGUAAUUCUUUUCUCUGAUGACGAAAUUUCGAAUGCGCACAGCCGCGGGGUAGCCCUCAUUGCGGCCUUUGCGAUUGUAUAUACUGGUAUCGCAAUUUCAACAGCUCAGGCACAGCACAAGGCAUAUCGAGUAAUUGCCCUGAUGCGAGGUGUCUUGAUCACCAUGAUUUACGAAAAAGCCACUACUAUGCCAUCGUACAAAGACGACGGAAAUGCCGCAAUGACGGUCAUGAGCACCGAUAUUGAGCGUAUUGCCGCCGGAUUUCGUUAUAUCCAUGACACUUGGGGUUCAUUGGUUGAAAUGGCUUUGUCGCUUUGGCUAUUAUAUGGCCAGCUGUCAACAGCCGGUAUUGCACCGAUUAUUGUCUCGUUCAUUUGCACGCUGAUUGCUCUUUUGGUGGCUGUCAAGGCCGGAGAGAAACAGAAUCUAUGGAUUGAAGCAAUUCAAAAGCGGGUCGGCAUUACUGCAGAAACACUUGGGGCAAUGAAAGGCGCGAAAAUGUCAGGUAUGGUCGAGAGGCUAAGUGCUAAAAUAACAGCUUUGCGCGAGAACGAGAUUCUUGUUUCGCAGCAAUUUCGCACACUUCUUGUCGUUGUUGUCACCUUAGCAAAUUUCAACACACUUUUGACGCCGGCCAUCUCAUUCACCAUCUACUCUCUCGUCUCACGGAACGGAAAGAUUGGAACUCUUGACAGCGAGCGUGCAUUCACAUCGCUUACCCUGUUUAACCUUUUUUCUGUCUUCGUUGGUUCUCUUGUCGAGUCCUUUACCGACACAGCAACAUCACUCGAAUGCAUCGAUCGUAUUCGGGAAUUUCUUGCUCAGGAGCCGCGUGAAGAUCUGCGCGACCCUUCUGGGGGAAAGCUAUAUGAGACGACUGACAUAAUAUGUGCGGAUGCACGGUGUAUAUCUGUGGGAUGGAAGGGUGGUGAGCCUUCAAUUCUGCAUGACAUUUCCUUUUGUAUCAGACGCUCAACUGUGACUAUGGUUGUUGGUCCGGUUGGUUGUGGAAAGUCAACAUUGAUGAAGGCCCUUCUCGGGGAGACGCCGUUGAUGACCGGCAAACUGAAAACUUACUUUAGUUGUGUUGGGUAUUGUAGUCAAACUCCCUGGCUUACAAAUGGUACUGUAAAAGAAAAUAUUCUCGGGGCUUCAGAUUGGAAUUUGCACUGGUAUAUUACUGUCGUCGAGGCAUGUGGAUUACAGAAGGAUUUCGAAGAGCUUGCCAAUGGGGAUCAGACCCAAGUGGGAAGUAAAGGCGUAUCACUAAGCGGAGGUCAAAAGCAGCGAUUGACACUGGCUCGAGCGGUAUACUCACGCAUCGAUACGAUACUCCUCGAUGAUGUGAUGAGUGGUCUGGACCCAACUACUGAAGAGCACAUAUUUAUGAAAUUACUCGGACCGCAAGGGCUUCUGCGAGCAAAUGGAGUUACUGUUAUCAUGGUUACUAAUUCCAUGAAUAGAUUACCUUUCGCAGACCACAUAAUUGGCUUGAGUGCGGAAGGAACGAUUCUUACUCAAGGUUCAUUUGAGCAUGUUCAAAAGCGACUGGGUGAUAUUGAAACCGCUGAGCCCAUGAACAUCAUGAAGCCGCCCGCGAUUGUUAUGAAAAGUAAUUUGCCCAGCGCAAUACAGCACGGAGGACCACAGACAACACAAAAUUUGGAUGAUCGUCGCGAAAGUGAUUUCUCGACGUAUAAGUAUUAUUUUUCGACCGCUCCAUGGAUCUCGUGGUUUGUCUUUUAUUUCUUCUUGGCCAGCUAUGUCUUUUUCCAGUCAUUCCCUUCUGUUUGGGUGACUUGGUGGGCCGAGGAUAAUGAUAAAAUGCCAAAUCUGCACAUGGAAAUGCGUAUAGGAAUCUACUGGAUGUUGGGUGUAUUGGGAAUUAUUUUCCUAGUUCUUGCUGCUUGGUGUCUGGUUAAGGUCGUCGUUCAGACUACUAUGCUCAACGUCCAUGGAAGUCUUGUAAAAACCGUCUUCAAUGCUCCAAUGGUGUUCUUUUCAUUAACCGACGCUGGCGAAACAGUUAAUCGAUUUAGUCAAGAUUUGGAAUUGAUCGAUUUUGAACUCCCCCUAGCAUUACUAAACAUGUCUCUUGCAUUCCUUCUUUGUGUCGCACAAUUGAUCAUUAUAGCGGUCUCCGCCAAAUACAUCGCAGCAACUAUACCCGUGUGCUGUGUGGCAUACUUUUUUAUUCAAAAGUUCUACAUUCGCACAUCCCGACAACUCCGGUUAAUGGAUAUUGAAGCACGCGCGCCAUUAUUCUCGAACUUCAUGGAAACCAUGAGCGGUCUCGCAACUGUUCGUGCAUUUGGCUGGGAGGAUAAAUAUCGCUCAGUCAACCAUAAACAUCUGGCAGACUCACAACGGCCGUUUUACUUACUAUUUGCGGUUCAACGAUGGCUAAGUCUUGUUCUCGAUAUGACAGUUACCGGCUUCGUCGUUAUGUUGAUGGGCAUUGCAGUUGGCACAAUGGGGAAAAUGUCAGGCAGUUUCCUUGGACUGGCAUUGGUUAAUGUAGCAUCACUGAGCUCGUCUAUCAAGGCGCUCAUUACUGACUGGACUGUGCUGGAGACUUCGCUUGGUGCGGUUACACGUGUGAAGAACUUUGUCCAGGGCACGAAAUCUGAACAUUUGCCUGAUGAGAACGGGUUGCCACCGCCAAACUGGCCCAAGGAUGGUGCUAUUACUUUUGAGGGGGUAUCGGCUGCCUACAAUGAUCCAUCUGAACUGGCAUUGAAAAAGGUAUCAUUUACCAUUCUAAGUGGGGAGAAAGUUGCCGUCUGUGGUAGAAGCGGAAGUGGUAAGAGCACACUAGUUUCGGCCCUGUUCCGCAUGAUCGAAAUCCAUGAUGGCAUCAUCUCUAUUGACGGGCUUGACAUCUCCAAGAUGCCCCGUCAGGAAGUGCGCUCGGCUCUGGUCGGCUUGCCCCAAGAUCCAUUUAUCGUCGAGGGAAGCACCGUCCGCGAGAAUGUCGAUCCCUUUAACAAUAGCCCUGACGAACUGAUUAUCCAUACCUUGAAAAAGGUAGAGAUUUGGAGCAUUGUGGAAGAAAAAGGAGGUCUCGACGUUGCACUAACUGCAGACUUUCUCUCUCAUGGUCAAAGACAGCUACUUUGCAUGGCUAAGGCAAUGUUAAGGAGUGGAAAUAUUGUCAUAUUUGAUGAAGCUACUAGCAGUGUCGACACAAAAACUGAAUUGGUCAUACAAGAAAUCAUCAAAACACAUUUCCAAAACCGUACCAUUGUCUGCGUCACUCAUCGUCUCGACUCAAUUGUCGAUUUCGACCGAGUACUGGUCAUGGAUAAUGGCAUCCUCGUAGAAGACGAUCAACCACGCCGCCUUCUCGCCAAACCUAGUGUGUUCCGGGAGCUCUACAAGAGUUGUCGCGGUUGGCAAGAAUAUGAGCGCCAAGAAAAGGCUGAGCUCGAAAGAAUCGAGAACCGUCGCCAAAAGACAGUCCGGGCCCGUGAACGCAUCCAGAAGGGCCUUUCUAUUGCUACUUCAAAUCUACCACAAGAGGAAACAAGUCCAGAAAAGGAACAACCUACAACUCCUGGAGAAACACAAGAAGAAAGCGCUUUGCGGUCUACCAUCAGCGAACAUUGGUCCCAUGUCAAUGAGUUGUUCCGUAUUCGUUCGACUCGGGAGCGAUCACGAAGUGCAGAUAGGGAGUCGAAUAGGCAUUCGGCUUACUCUGCUGUUUCGGAGACCUUCAGUCCUCUUUCACCAGGCGUUAACGAGAGGCGCUCAAUCUAUGAUCCUACUAAGCUGGUGUCUGCAACCAUACGGAGAGGUUAAACUUUCUUUUAGACAAUAUUCCGUUUUAUACAUUUUGCUUGUGAUAUUAUUUUGUUUUAUUUUUCAUUUUCUAUAUAAGGCUAGGGAUAGACUGGCAUUGGAAUUGUUAUCAACUUUCAUAACUUCUAUUAUAUCCGACAUACAACCUACGAAAUAAAUAUUUUCCAUUUUACG